UCCAAAGACAGAAUAACUGGACGGAGCAGAGGUGAGACUUUCGCCUUCGAGAGGGUUGAGUAAUGAAAACUCCAAAUUGAGCUUCGUUCCCUUUCUAUAUUAUCUACUUGAUAAUUUGUUGUCUCGGACAAACUGGAAAGGAAGAGGGUGGAAGUCUAAGAUCACAAGCAUAAAAUCCGAAGCACAGAAACAGGGACUGGAGACUUACGACAAUGAGUUCUCAGGGGCUACCAGGAGGUUCCAGCUUCUUUUCUGGAUUUACUCGGUUGUGCAAAGGCCUUGUGGUUGUUCUUGUUGGUGGAUAUGCAAUUGUCCAGAUUCUCCCUCCUGCUGUUAGCUACCUGGCCCUUAUUCCUGCAAGGACCAUUCCAUUUGGGUGGAACCUAAUAACAGCUGGUUACAUUGAGCAAUCAGUUUUUGGGGUGGUUGUUAGUGCAGUUGGUCUUCUUUUCCUUGGGAAGGUGCUUGAACCCAUAUGGGGUUCGGGGGAGUUCUUGAAGUUCGUUUUUGUGGUUGACUUUCUGACUUAUGUCUGCGUCUUCGUCACAGCUAUUGCCUUGUACUAUAUAACAAGGCAAGAGCUUUACCUUUAUACACCUCUUUCUGGCUUCCAUGGUGUCCUCUCAGGGUUCCUGGUUGGUAUCAAGCAAAUUGUACCUGAUCAGGAACUCUCUGUGUUUGCUCUAUUGAAAAUAAAAGCAAAGUGGUUUCCUUCUCUUGUGCUAUUGAUGUCCAUAGCUAUAAGCUUCUUCACAGCAGAGUCAGCUUCAUACCUUCCAACCUUAGUAUUUGGCACAUAUACUAGUUGGAUUUACCUACGGUAUCUUAAGAGGAAUCCUGAAACCAACCUCAUGGGAGACCCAAGCGAAGAAUUUGCCUUCUCUACAUUCUUCCCUGAAUUUUUGCGACCAGUUAUUGACCCCAUUGCAUCGGUAUUUGAUUGGAUGCUUUGUGGAAGAUCCCGAACUUCAAAUGAGGCUAAAGGAUACACCGUAGGGGGUACUAACUUGCCAGGUUCUGAUCCUAUCGAGGCAACCAGAAGAAGAGAAAGAGGAGCCCGAGCACUGGAAGAAAGAUUAGCAGCAGAGAGAUUGGCCGCAGGGGGAAGUGCUGACAACUUGCCAAGCAAAGAUGCUGCAGAGAGUGUGUGAAAGUUCUUCAUAUAUACACCUUCAGCGAAUUACAAAUGUGUUUUGUGCCAUUCCUCCUCAUGAGGUGGGAAGUUUUUGCAUACCUGGCUUUGGAAUGUAGAGAGUUUAGUUUUUGGGUUGUAUAUUGACUCUGACUGACAUGGACUAUGUUAACGGUCUUGCUUUCAUCAGUGUCCACCUUCUCUAGAUGCUGUAUAAUGUAAGAAAUGCUGAGUGGAACAGUUGGAGAUUUCUUUCGGCUUUGUCAGAACCAUUUGAAACCAGAUUUAUACUGUAUUCUUUGCCAUCAA